AUUACUCCAGAGGAAAAAAUAUGCGGUUGUCCUUGCGUCAAUUCCCUUCUUCUCUACUCUAAUUCCUACUCCACCAUUCUGAUAGCCCUAUUCCACCUUCUCUGCCAACCAGAGCCCAACCCAGAGCCCUAUAUGGCCAAAUCCACCUCCCCUCCACUCCAUCAUUCCACCGCAACCACCGCUCAAAUGAAGCAGAUGCUCUAUCGCCGGAGCAACUCUGAAAAAUCGCACCUUUACCAUCAACUUCUAAGGAAAUACUACCGCUGGGUCCUCUGGCUCUUUCUAUCCGUCUAUCUCUUCCUCUCCUCCUCCACCCCCUCCUCCUUCCUCCCUUCCCCUAUCUCCCGUCGCGCCCUCUCUCAAUCCCCCACGUCCUCCUCUUCUUCUUCCCCCUCACUGAAGAUCUACGUCUACGACCUCCCGCCGGAGUUCAAUCGAGUAUGGCUCUCGAAUCCACGCUGUGCGACCCACCUCUUCGCUGCCGAGGUCGCUUUCCAUGAGGCUCUAAUCCACUCCUCUGUUCGCGCCGUUAACCCUCUUGAAGCCGACUACUUCUUCGUCCCAGUCUAUGUCUCCUGCAACUUCUCAACGAUCAACGGUUUCCCCUCCCUCCACCAUGCUCGCCCUCUCCUUUCCUCCGCUGUCGAUCUCAUCUCCAGGAACUUUCCUUUCUGGAACCGCUCUACAGGCGUCGAUCACAUCUUUGUUGCUUCCCACGACUAUGGAGCUUGCUUCCACGCCAUGGAGGACGUGGCUAUCGCUGAUGGGAUACCAGAGUUUCUGAAAAACUCCAUUCUGCUUCAGACCUUCGGCAUGAAAUCGCCUCACCCGUGCCAGGAGGCGGAACAUGUGGUUAUUCCGCCGUACAUCUCGCUGGGAACUAACCGGUGGCCGGCGCCUGAGACCGCAAAGCGGGACAUCUUCGUCUUCUUCCGUGGCAAGAUGGAGGUCCAUCCAAAGAACAUCAGCGGCCGUUUCUAUAGCCGGAAGGUGCGGACGGAGAUCUGGAACAGGUACGGCGGCAACAGGCGGUUCUAUCUCCGGCGCCACCGCUUCGACGGCUACCAAUCAGAGAUUGCGCGAUCUGUGUUCUGCCUAUGUCCGCUGGGGUGGGCCCCAUGGAGUCCUCGGCUCGUCGAAUCCGUAGCGCUCGGCUGCAUACCGGUGAUCAUCGCCGACGGUAUCCGUCUCCCGUUCCCUGAUGCCGUGCCGUGGCCGGAGAUCUCGUUGACCGUCGCCGAGCGCGACGUGGCCAGCCUCGAGAGCGUUCUCGACCGCAUCGCCGCCACCAACCUUUCCGCUAUUCAACGCCGGCUAUGGGAUCCCUCAAUUCGGCGAGCUCUACUUUUUAAUCCUCGUGGCAUAGUUUCCGGCGAUGCUUCUUGGAACGUACUACGAGCUCUGGAAGCUAAGCUCGACCGGCGGUCAUGGCGGCGGCGGUGGCGACUGCGGCCGCGGCCGAGCCAGGCUAACCUGGAUUCCUUGGUGCGGUGGGCGUAAGUGCCUGGUGGGCCCUCCUCUGGUGGGAACUGGCUCAAAGCUUCGGCUGACCCACGUGAUUAUUUGUAGAUCUGUUGUAUUAUAUUGUUAUUAUUAUUUUAUUUUAUUCCAAAAAAGAUGGUGACAGUGCUGAAUCUCGGCGAGCGGGCCGCGAGGAUGAUGAGUUGGCAGCGCGGGAAGGUUGAAAAUGAAAAAUAUUUGUAUAGAGGUCGUGCUUCUUUUGUUUAUGUAAAACUGCUUUUUGACGAGUGCAAAUAAAGUAAUUUUAGGUGGGUGUCACGUAAAAGACAUUUUAAGUUA